AUGGGGACUGUCAAACAUUCAGAACUAUUUGAAGAAUGGAAGAAAAAAGCCUUCCUAGGACCAUUACCAUAUGGGUUUUUAAGAGUCGAAGACAUCAACCCACAGGCACAGCAGGAAGCUGCAGAUCAACAAGCAGCUUUGGCUUUACAUCAAGCUCAGAUGCGCAGCAUGCCAGUGCAAGCUCAUGACCCAAGAGCGGGAAGGCUUAGCAUAACAAUAACUCAGGCCAAAUUAGUUAAAAAUUAUGGAAUGACUAGAAUGGAUCCAUACGUACGGCUUCGUGUCGGACACGCAGUCUAUGAAACGCAUACAUCAAUAAACGGAGGAAAAAAUCCUCAUUGGAAUAAAGUCAUACAGUGCCUACUGCCACCUGGUGUGAUGCAAAUUUAUGUGGAGAUAUACGACGAAUGUUCAUUUACAAUGGAUGAGCUAAUUGCUUGGGGUCACAUAGAAAUCCCCCCUCAAGUAAUUCAAAGAGGAGAGACACAUGAGGAUUGGUACCUGUUAAGUGGAAAGCAGGGUGACCAUCAAGAAGGUUCGAUAAAUAUGGUCCUAAGUUACUCUCACAAAUAUGCAUCUCCGCAAAUGGUGGCGCCUCCUUUCAUGGUGGUUCCAUCCCCCACGGUGUUUGGAGGAGUUCCUUAUGCUCCAGUCAACGUUUAUUCUGCACCUCCUACGGAUGGAACAAAUGCAGUUCCUGCCAGUACUUUGCCACAUGCAGAAGAGGAAUUAAAACAGAUUGCUGAAAUGUUCCCAAACAUCGACAAGGAGGUGAUAAAAUCGGUCUACGAUGUCCAAGGCGGUCAAAGGGCGACGACUAUAAACGCGUUACUACAAAUGAGCGAAUAAUUAGGUCUACGCGCAUUCUACCCGUGUUUGAAACGCCAUAUUUUUACUUUCUGCUUAAGUGUAUUCCAUUCAGGAUGUAAUAUAUUUGUAAAUUAUUACCAUUUA